GUAAUUUGAACCCUGAAUUCAACCCUUACAUGACGACAAAUAUGCCUAACCUAAUAUAUGUGUAGCCAAAGUUUGCCUCUGCUUUCUGAAAGAGUGAACUAGUUGCUGCUAUAAACCUCAGACCAGAAGAAAACACCCUUCUGUAGCCGCCUUCAACAUGCUAAAUUUAGAGCCGAGAUGUUUGUCCGUUGAGUAUAAUAGGACAAAUUUUGCAGCAGCAAGAUCCAAUAAUCUCUAUCACAUAAGCAUAUAACACACACACACACACACAUUGUGAGGAAAAGAACUUCACGACUGUCCCUGGUGCAAAUUUCUAACAUUCUCCUAGAUUCAGACAUAUUUAUAAUCAGAUUUAAAUGCAGUAACUCUGAAGAGGAAGCAAUUACAAGAACUGUAAAACAAUGUCUAAUGAUCGAUAUGUUCUUGAAGCUGGUACAUCAAGAUGCAAGAAGCAGUUGUUAGAGUUUAGGGCCUCAACUUCAAAUCAUAUGGUGGCUGAGAAAUCGUCUGAAAUUCUACUACAAGAAGAUGUUCAUCGAUGGAGAAGAAAGGCUGAAAUCGAACAACUUGAGGCGAGACUGAGAGUUCUUGAAGAAGAAGCUGAAAUGUUAAAGGGAGCUCUUUUGGAGAGUGUGGAAGAAAGGGCAAAGCUGAUGAAUGAGGUCAAUGAGCAUUUUCAGACUAUACGGCAUUGCCUACGGCAAAAAGAAAUAGAAAAAGGAGAACUAUGCGGUCAUGGGGUUCGUAUUGUUUCAACUUUUAAGGACACAGGAGCUGGUCUGCUGCAGAUUCUAUGCCAAGAGUCGAACCCGUCACUUGUCAACAGGAGAGCUAGUGCAUUAAGCUAAGAUUCAAGCAGAGUUGCUUCAUGAUUUUUCAAGAGCAGUAUUUCAGGGGUCCAGAAAUUCAUUUCCAUAAUUCUGUCUGAUUGUCGUGUCUGUGUAACUAAUAUUAUUCAUUAACAGACAUUUAAAUACAUUUUUAGUCACUUUAAGACGUCUAUUCAUUUAUUUAUGGAGAUACUAGUUUUGAUCUUUUUCACUGAAGGAGCCACAAGGGAAAUUAU